GCGAGGAAAUGACGUUGUUCCAGCAGGUGCUGUGUCCGAAGCUCCGCCUCUUUGACGUCGUUGGAAGGUACGGAACAAAGGAUUGGCGGAGACACUUGUUGGGGAGGAGUCAAAGUUCACGGACUGCACCGCCUGGAGGCAACUCUGUGGGGAGAACCGGUUCCACCCAGGUCUGGAAAAGUGAAGAAUCACCGGGCGAACAUUUCGGCAGCUCUCCGCCAUUUUUGUUGUGUGACUUUCCUGGCGAUACUCUAGACAUGACGGAGAAGCCGCCGUAGACACGCGACUCAAACCAGAUUUGUUCAUGUAGGAAGGUGAAAACUACAACAGAAGGCCAAAGACCAUCCGGCCGUAUGGUGAAGCCAGGCGUUCUGUGGAUGACGAUUCUGGUGGCAACUUGCUUCCAGUGUGUGGGCAGCAGAGCUGAUGAUGACUCUGAUGAUGAGAAAUUCCCCCUCAAACUGGCACAUCCCUUUCAUACGGACAGAAGGAAAACCCCGCCAUCUCAAGUAUGGACACCAUAUUUGCAGACAGGUCUUAAUAGCCAAGUCAGCACCACGGACAGGCACAUGGACCAGAAAAGAACGGAAAGAACGAAACAGCCGGAGGUUGUGCAUACACCAUCAACCACAGGAACUGUCAGGAAAACUGCAAGAACAAAAAUGUCCAAAUCAUCAACAAAGCGACUACCCACAGAGGCAUCAAUAUCUGACAAAGACAUCACCUCUACAGCAACGCUGCUGACCUUGACCAACACAACUGACCGAACAGUAUUUCACGUAGCUAUCCGUCCAGCUAACGCUCCCAACACCCUUGCCUCCAGUCUACCCCACGAGGGUGCUUUAGCAUCUAGGAAGGGCAACGAUGUCACAUCUCAGGAGUCAAAGGAAUCUGCACAAGGUUAUGAAAAGGACAUCAGGUUAGAAACGACGAAUGAAGUGCCAAAAGCAGAGUUCACAACGGUGAACGUCGAGGUGCCAAAAACACAGGAGGACUUGGAUGACUCUUUGUCCUCGUCCUCUUUGAUGGUUGUUACUUCUCAGUCUUCAACCACUGCCGCGUUCUCUGACAAGAACGCAAACACAAGAACUAGCAUCAUGGCAUCUGCACGUUCCCGUGUUCAGGACACUUCUUCGUUUGAUCUGCCUGAGGAUACGGCAUAUGCAUCCUCCUCUGAACCAACUGCGCCACUUUCAUACAAACUUGGCGAUAUGUCCACCACAAAACCAUCUGCAGUAUUUCCCACAACAGAAGAAAUGAGGAUGGAUAAGCUUAGUGCAAAAGCGACGGGAGAAUCUACCCUCUAUCCAACAACCAUCUUCCCAACGACAGAAAACACUGGUGCUAAAGAAAGAACCCCAUAUAACUUACAUACAGUCACCCCAAACCCAAGAUGACACAACAACUGACUAUCCUGUAAAAGCGAUAACUGAAGGAACUGAUGGCCAAAUUAACAGUGAAGUUCCUACAACUGAAGAGACGACUUCUCCGCUUGCUACAACAGAAAUGCACAACAUUGAGCAAUCUUCAACCAAAUCUGCUCAAAUCACCACUUCAGAAGACAGAGACUAUUUGACAUCCACAACGGCUCCUUACCUAUCAUCCACAUAUUUUGAUCCAUUUAUUCAGCCGUUGACUACAGAGCCAGAGCCAUUCCUACCAGAGACGGAUAUCUACAGUGAAACAACAAUAGUCAGCACCAUAGGACUAACUCCUGAAACCACUACUUCAGCAAACACCCCCGUCUCCCCUCUGCACUCCAGUCAACCUGUCUUCACAGAAUCCAAAACUGAUGGAGACAUGACUUCAACAUCUAACCAAAUAACCUUGGUCCCCACACUAGAAGACAUUACUAGUAAAUCAUCUGCAACAAAAGAAUCCACAUAUGGAGCUCUAUCCAGCCUCCCCACUACUGGUGAUGCCACUGUCCUUCCCACCAUUGACACGUCUGAGGAAACCACAUAUGACUUGAAUACAGUCAUCCCUACCCAACAGGACACAACAGCUGACCAUCCUGCAAGAACAACAUACAGCCCAUUCGAUGCCUCCACAUCUGACCUUGUUACCUUAGUCCCUACACUAGAGGACGCGAGCACCAAUCCGGCCAUGGAGACAACUUACUCUGCAAAAAAAGAAGACAACUCAACAGCUAGCCAUACUGAUGAAACAACAUAUGGCCAAUUUGAUGCCUCAACAUCUGAUCAUAUAACCUUAGUCCCUACACAAGAGUACACAAGCACCAAUCCAGCCAUGGAGACAACUUACUCUGCAAUAAAAAAAGACAACUCAACAGUUGGCCAUCCUUUAGAAACAACAUACGGCCAAUUUGAUGCCUCAACAUCUGAUCAUAUAACCUUAGUCCCUACACUAGAGGACACAAGCACAAAUUCAGCCAUCGAAACAACUUACUCAGCAACGAAAGAAUCCACAUCUGCAGCUUUUACCAUUGUCCCCACUCCCGAAGGCACCACUGUUGAACACACCGUUGACACAACUAACUCAAGAAACAUAGCUUCCACAUUUGAUCCAGUUACACUGGUCCCUACUCUGGAAGAAACUACCAUUGAAACAGGUUUCUCUCCAACUGGAGAAGGUUCUGAUGGCCAAAUUAACAGCGUGGUUCCAACCACUGAAGAAACAACAGUUUCUCUUCUCUUCACAACAGAAAGAACUGGCACAUAUCAGCUUAUCUACGGAACAGAAGAAGAAACAACAUCAUCUCAUGCCUCCGAUGUCACACCAGCUUCAGUCCAUACAGAAAACACAUUUAGUCCGUCCUCGUCUGUGGCAGAUUCUCAAGGCACAUUCAGUACUACUCCGUCCAUUUCAAAUACCUAUUCUGAUGCAGCAGAGAAAAGUAGUCAGGCAAUUGUCACAACUUUUCCUGGUGAGGGACAUCACUCUA